AUGGCGGAAGCUCUCAUGUCCUUGCCAGAGCCCAGCGAGGUGGACGGCACCAUGACACCGGAUCUGGCCCAGCGCGCGUCGGCCACCUAUGAGUCCCACGCAGAUCGUUUCCGCUUGCCGGCGCAUCGCAAUUAUGACAAACAGUAUUCAAACCUGUACUUUUCACGCUACAUGACGCUCCGCAAGAGCGUGAUCGCGCGUGCCAAGAGCAAAUGGCAGCUUGAUCAACCCGGCGCGCCUCCCCUGGCGGACAACAUCCUGGGGCUGGCUGCCAUGCGAGGCAAGCCCUGUGUUGUUGUGGGCACGGUUUACAAAGACAUGAAGCUCAAGCCCAACAUUCUGGACGAGUUCAACGCCCGCGAAAACUAUGAAGCACCUCCUCCAGAGCGCUCAAAGUAUUUUGCUGACGACGACGUUAUCAUCCUCGAAGACCAAACUGGUCGCACCGUACUCAGUGGCGCCGGCCUGCCCGUCGGCGAGCUCGUGUCGGGCGUAGUCAUGGCCGCCAAGGGCGUUGAGAACGACAAAGGCGAAUUUGAGGUGAACGAGUGUUGUUUCUGCGAUAUGGGGCCUCAGGCCGCCCGACAGGUGCCGACACAGCAACGCUAUCUGUGCCUUGCCUCGGGCUUCAACAUUGACGCACAGGCCAAGAAUCUUUUUGCACUGGAGCUGUUUGUCGACUUGAUUACAGGGCAACUGGGUAGCCCUGAACAGCAACAGCAAAUGGCACGCGUCGCACGCGUCCUCUUGGCUGGCAAUCUCAUUCGAGCGACCACCGGCGAGCAAGAUGAAGUGGCACAAUACAAGCGGCGCAACAUGGAGCCAGAGACCGUGGUGCACGUCAAGGAACUCGACUUUAUCUUGACCCAGUUGUGUAGCACGGUACCUGUGGACAUGAUGCCUGGGGAUCACGACCCGGCCAACAAGAUUGUGCCGCAGCAGCCCUUGCACAAGUGCAUGUUUCCAACAGCCACCAAAUAUGGCAGCUUGCGAGGCGUGACCAAUCCCACUGAUUUCGUGUUGGACGGUGUACACAUCCUCGGCACGUCCGGCCAAAACAUUGACGACGUAUAUCGCUUCACAGAGAGCGAGGACCGGCUUGAGCUUUUGGAGCGGAUCUUGCGUUGGGGACACCUCUUUCCAACCGCCCCUGAUACGUUGUGUGUGUAUCCGUAUACAACCGAACACAAAGAUCCUUUUGCGAUUGGCGACUGUCCACACGUGUUUUUCGCAGGCAACCAACCCGAGUUUGCGACCAAGGAGUGCUCAGGCCCGGACGGUCAAAAGGUGCGACUGGUAUGCGUACCCGACUUCAGCAAAACGGCGACCGCCGUGCUGUUGGAUCUGCACACGCUCGAGGCAACCCCGCUAUGCUUUUCCAACAUGGUGGCCGAGACGGCGCCCCAAGCCAUGGACCAGGCCGCAGAGAGGAUGGCAGAGGCAGAGGCAGAGGCAGCAUGGCUCGUGUUGGCAGUGGAUGUGGGAACGACCAGUGUGCGGACGGCGCUGGUUGAUCCAACAGGUCAUAUCCUUGAUCGUGCCGUGCAAGAGGUUCAAGUGCAUCAGCCGGGGCCGGAGCUUGCGAUGCAGAGUAGUGCGGAAAUCUGGCGAGCAUGCUGCAGCACCACCCAAGCUUUGCUACAGCGCACUGCCACAAGCCCGGACCAGGUGCGGGCCAUCGCCUUUGAUGCCACCUGCUCCAUGGUGGUCGAAGCAGGAGAUGUCACGCAAGGGCCGCGCCUGAGCGUGGACCCGACAAACACCUUUGCGGCCGCAGAAAUCGGAGAUGUGCCGGAUGUCCUCAUGUGGAUGGAUCAUCGCGCCAGUGAGGAAGCACAAGCCAUCAACUCGACCAAGCACAAAGUUCUGCGCUUUGUAGGGGGUGGUGUGAGUCUGGAGAUGCAAAUGCCCAAACUUUGCUGGCUGCAAACGCACCUACCUGACGUCUAUUCGCAAGCCACCGGAUUCUUCGACCUGCCAGACUGGUUGUCGUUCCGCGCAACUGACAAUGGUGCCCGCUCGCGCUGCUCCGUCAUUUGCAAAUGGAACUACGUGGAUGGAUGCCCCGGCCACGACGGCUGGCACACCGGCUACCUUAACGACAUUGGUCUGAAAGACCUAGCUCAGUCACAGCAACGCAUUGGAACGGACGUUCGGGAGCCCGGAUCGGCUGUCGGGACCUUAACUGCACGCGCAGCUCGGGAGCUGGGCUUGACGACAAAUUGCGUUGUAGCGAGUUCUUUGAUUGACGCUCACGCAGGAAUGAUGGGUUGUCUAGCAGCCUCGCUCCUUCCCAAUCAGCCCAUCACCGAGCGUCUUUGUUUGAUCGCUGGCACCUCGGCCUGCCACCUGGCGCUGCACCCCGACCUGGCUUUUGUUCCCGGUGUUUGGGGUCCCUAUCACGGCGUUGUCCUUCCCGAUUACUGGCUGGUCGAAGGCGGUCAGAGCGCAGCUGGCGCUGCGCUGGACCGCGUACUCGCGCUCCACGCUGGCGCCGACCAUUGGCACAAGCAAGCUGCGCGAGAAGGUCGUCACGUGACCGAAAUUAUGAACGAAGCCCUACAACGACUGCAGCAAAGCGAGAAGGCCUCCCAUCUCUACGAACUUAUCGCCGAUAUCCAUGUGGUACCGGACUUUCAUGGCAACCGCUCACCUCUGGCUGACCCCAAGUUGAAGGGCGUGAUUGUGGGCCUGAGCUUGACCUCUGAAUUGGCGACCGAAUGUCUCUUGCUCUACUUGGCCACGCUGACGGGCUUGGCGCUCGGCACGCGGCAAAUUCUUGAGGCCAUGCGUGAUAAUGGGUACAUCAUCCGGGAGAUAUGCGUGUGCGGCGGUCUUUCACAAAACAAGUUGUAUUUGCAGCUGCACGCCGAUGCCACGGGUUGUCGAGUUCGCCUGCCCCGAGAAGCAGACGCGGUAUUGGUUGGCACCGCGGUCAUGGGCGCUGUGGCUGCAGGGGGUAUUCGAGCCAGACACUACAACUGCGACCAAGUACCUUGA